AGGGAUGACCACCUGCAGUGCCACACAGUAACAGGACCUGCUGACUAAGCCCUGGACCAGCAGAUCUGCAUUGCUGCCCACUGUGUGAUCUACAGUAGUGUCUGCAGACAACAGGUUGGAAAUGCCUCAUUGUUUUGCCUAUGGCUGCACGAACCACAGUGGUAAGCUUCCCUUGGCAGUCUCCAUGCACUCUUUCCCCAAGGAGCUGCCACUGGCAGAGACCUGGGUACAUCACAGUCGCACUGAUGUGGGCAAUGUGAAGGAGUUUGUGCGGGACAUCCUAAUGAAGAAUCCAGGGCAUUAUGUACUGUGUUCAGAGCACUUUGAAGAGGACAUGUUUGAUCUCGGCGGGGAUUCUCCUUUGAUUUCAUCUGAACCAAACCAUAAAAGGAUGAGACGAAAACUGAAGGUGAACGCCGUGCCCACGGUUUUUGCUACUGGUGCUCCUAAGCUGCGUAGGCAGGCAGCUUAUCACUUGAAAAUACACGAAAGAAAACAGUUAUUGGAUAACCUCCUUGAGCAGCAGAAGCGUCCAAAGUUAGAAGCAGACCAGGCAACCAGCCAGUCCACAACACAGGAUAUCACAGUGAACACGGAGACUGAUGGUGUAAACGAUCGUUCAAGGAAACCGCAGUUGUGGAGAAGAAAACUACUUCCUCACAAGUCCCAAUUUCUGAAGGAAAGCUUCAGCCGGGUCCCCCGAGCACUACAAAGAAAGACUCCAGCCACCCUGAACCGAAUAGCUGUAUACUUCUCAGAUGAAGAGUGGGAAAUGCUGGAAGAAUGGCAGAAAGAACUCUACAAGAAAAUCAUGAAAGAGAACUAUGAAUCCUUAAUAGCACUUGGUUACCCCACAGUCAAUCCAAACAUUUUACGGAAGAUCAAACAGGAGGAAGUUAUGCGCUACACAGCUUGUUCUUCAGAUGAUUUGGAACAUCCUGACAGCCCUACUACAGAUUAUGCCAGAAUGGAUUCUAAUCUUCUAUCAAGAAUAAAACAAGAUGAGGAUCAAUAUUUAUCGGCCAGCCCGGAUUCAGAAGGAGAAAUAAAUAGCUAUCAUAGCUCAUAUGAUAUCCCACUUAGCACUAACAUAAAAGAGGAAAACCUUGACAAAUGGAAUGGCCAGCUGAGCAUUCAAGAGCCUGUUUCUAUGACCUAUAACCUCUCCCAGUGUUUUAGUAAUGGUAGAAAUGGUGAAUUAUAUCCUGCGUCUAUGUGGAUAGCAAGAGAUGCAUCACCCAAUGGUUUUGUUAUACCUAGCUCUGAUGGAAGAUCAUUAAGCCCUAUCACAGCUGUUCAACAGAUAGACAGUCCUUAUAGCUGGUUCUUUUUUAAUAAAUCCUUCUUGAACUCUAACAUGGAAACCAAGCAGGGUAAACCAGGAGAGCUGAGGCCGUAUAAAUGCUCACAGUGUGAUAAAAGCUUUACUGUCAAGUCUAACUUGAUUAAACAUCACCGUAUUCACACGGGAGAACGUCCAUACAAGUGCACGCUCUGUUCCAAAAGCUUCAGCCGCAACUCGCACCUGAUCACCCACCAGCGCACUCACACAGGAGAGCGACCUUAUAAGUGUAAUGAGUGUGACAAGAGCUUUAUCCAGAACUCUGUGCUAAUCCAACACCAAAGGAUCCAUACUGGGGAGCGUCCCUUUAAAUGUGAGGAAUGCAAUAAGCGCUUCAGCCAGAAAUCCUGCCUCAUCCGUCACCAAAGAACUCACAAGAGAUAGUCUGCAAAAAGAUGAGCAAAGCAUGUUUGGCAUACAGGGAUGUUUACAUGUAUGAGUGUCAUGGGACAUGGCAGAAGCUCUCCGAUCGGACAAGAGCAAUAACAAUG